UUCAUGAGUAUAGCCGACCAUUUAGGAAUUGAAUUCAUGGAGAGUGAGGAGGUGUACCAGCGCCAGGUGCUGUCCAUUGCCUGUAUCGUCUUUGGCAUCGUCGUGGUGGGCGUGCUUUGUGCCGCGUUCUACUUCAGAGCCAAGAAACAAACAAAGCAAAUCCAUGAACAGCUGAAAGAAACGCAGAAUAGGAAAACCUACAGCCUAAAUGCUUCCAGCAUGAUGGCAAAGUCGGAGUGUGUGGCACAAAGCCAAGUCCAGCUGCAAAAUUAUUCCAAACCAGACAGGCAUCCRGGGCCUAUUCUGCACAAAGUCAUGGAGUCCAGCUUUUCAGGCCCUCAGUCUUUCCCAGAGGCCUUGUCCCCUGACAGAGGAGCCCAGCCCAUGAAGCAUCACAGAAGUCUGUCUUCAUGCUGCAGCCCAGGACAGAAGAGUGGGAUGCUCCACAGAAAUGCCUUUCGGAGGACUCCUCCCUUGCCUCGGGGUAGGUUCAAUGGAAUUACAGGACCAGCAUAUCAGCAGCUGGAAGAGUCCAGAAUCCCAGACCAGGACACGAUACCUUGUCACGGGUAUUCGUCCAGUGGUUUAAAAACUCCUCAGAAUACUUCAAUAAAUAUGCAACUGCCUUCAAGAGAGACAACCCCAUAUUUUAAUAGCGUGGAUCAGAAGGACUUGGUCRGCUACUCCUCUUCAAGGGCCAACUCCGUUCCCAUCAUCCCGUCUGUGGGCUUGGACGAAGCCUGCAUGCAAAUGCAAAAUGUUUCCGAAGUAACAGGCAUCAAAUGGUGCAAAAACUCCUAUUCUGCUGAACUUGUCAAUGUGAGUUCCCCAGUCAGUAAUUGUCUUAUAGCGGAACAGCACGAAGUGAAAAUAUUGCUGGAAACUGUGCAGGAGCAGAUCCGGAUCCUGCGGGACGCGCGGCGCGCGGAGGGCUCGGAGCUGGCGAGCGCCRCGGCCGAGAGCAGCGCCAGCGAGAACACGGCCUUCCUGCCCAUGAGCCCCGUGGCCAAGCCAGAGCAAGAGGCACAAUUUGUCUUAAAAAGUGAAACGCAAAGAGACUCGGUAUUGACCAAGUGACUCUGUGCGGGGGUUGUGGGAGGGGGAAACGAGAGGUCUGUGCGUUCGAUGCUUUGCUAAACAGGAAGGGAGGAAGUUAAAUACAAAUUAUUUAUAUGCAUUAAUUUAAGAGCAUCUACUUAGAAGAAACCAAAUAGUCAAUCGCCCUCAUAUCAUAGUGUUUUUUAACAAAAUAUUUUUUUAAGGGAAAAGUUCCAGGAGGGAUGAAGCGUGCUUUCAGGUGCUUUCUUGGCAGGAUUACAGUUUCAGUUCCAGAGGAUUUUACCGUGGUUCUGUUCGGCUGUCCGAAGGCUUGGGCUAUGCAUCUUUUUGUCAGGAAAAGCCAAAUACCACUCUUAGAUGCAUCUCUGGUUCCAGGGCAGCACUGCAGCGAGCUGCUGGGCAGGGAUUCAGGCCCUGGGGAGCACGUCCCCUGASCCCAACACAGAUCCAGUCCAUUCUCCCCUCUGCUCUUGAUUCAACGUUCAUGAUAACAGGCACACAGACACCUUCUGAGUUCUGGUACCUGCUGUGGGAUGACGGCAACAUCCCUGCUCUGAGCAGAUGCUGUACUCUCAACCUUCAUUUGAUGUGUCAGUCAGCCCAAGAAAGUCAGUGGAAUCAUUUAGGAGCUUUGGGAUUGGCCAAGAGUGGGAGCAGGAUUGGGAUCUGUGGAGAUUCAGUGGUCAGGUGCCCGCAGCUUCUCCAUCUCUAAACUUUCCCCAUCAGAGCUGCCUUGAUGGAGAGUGAAGAAGAGAAAAUGCAGAAGUUUGUAUUACAACAGGUUUGGUUUUAGUUUCUGGUUUGGGUUUUUUUAAGUGGAAACACAAACUCCAUUGUUCGUUAGCACCCCUCGACGUUUCUAAACUUUUACACUUUGAAGGCAUUUGUAAGCUCUCAAGGAGUACCUCUCAGUGUGUAUGUAUUUUUUUUAAACUUAUUUUUUAUUAUGGCUUGUUUGGAGGAGAGUCGGGGAGAUCCAAUACGAUCACAACCCAGCCAAGUAAGUGUCCACACUGCCUAAUUUGUCCCUGCAUUCAGUUCUCCAGUCUCUUUAAUUAAUUAUGGCUUAGGCUUGUGAACUUUAAAGCUUCAACCCUGCAGAUGGUUCAGCAUGGGCAGACCCCCAGGCAUGCAGAGAUCUGACUCUAAUGGAGCUUUGUAAGAGCAGAUGGUUUCUACCAAGUGAAUUCCUGCAGGGGAUCAAGGCCUUGGAGAGGAAGUUUCAUUCCCUGGUUGCCAUAUCGUAAUCCCAUUAUCAACACUUUUUUUGUAUUUGUUUUCUUUUGAGUCCCUCUUUCCCCCUUAAAUUGUAACAAAACGUGCCAACAGUGCAAUGGAUUGGGUCCAGUGACACAAGUUACUGUUUUUAUUAAAUAUCUGCUUAUUCUCGGGGGAAGAAACCAACUAUAAUAAAUAAUUGCUAAAUAGCCUUCCCUGGUUAGUGUCAGGAGAUGGAUUUACAAAAAUUACAGUAUGUGCAGAAUGUAUUAAAAUAUUCCUUUGAAGCAAAAUAAUUGUUAAAUUUAUUAAUAUGCCCRAGACUUUCUAGUUCACAAGUCUCAAGACUUCCCAAAAUAGCACAAUUGAUCACACAGUGCUGUUGUAUGUUGAGUCAGAAUAAAGCAAUAUUUUAACCUCUGUCAAGUAAAUUUGGAAAAGAAAUGCUGAAGGUGUAUGUCAUUUUUUUUUUUUUUGCUUUUUGUUAAGGCAGAAAAAAAUUUAUUAUUCACAGUCUUCAUUAAGCAAGUCUUACUUUGGGUUGCUUUUGUGGUUUUGGGGGAUCUUUUAAAGACAAAGUUGAUGAAAUUGUCCUGUUUACAGAAUUUUUUAUGCUGUAAUCUUUGCUGUGUGUUUUCAACAGAAAUAUAUUUGAGGAAAAACUAUUGUUCUGUGCCCCRGGACGGAGUGUGGCUUGUUCAGGCUCCCUUCUGCAGGGACACAGAGCUUUUUUGGGGGCAGUGAGGUGGGAUCCCCAUGGGGUUUGGUCUCCCCGGAACCUUUUCCUGCUGUUGCUGGGCACAAUCCCACUGUGAGUGAACCGAGCUGGCCCCAAGCCCACACCAGAAAACCCCUGUGAAAGGCAGGGUGCAUGAGUUGGGGCUCAACUUUGCACCCCUACGAUUGUUUGACUUUUCUGUCAACACCAUUUGCAUCCCCCAUUUCAGGACACGAGCAAAGGGAGCUGCCUCUGCCCACAAGCCCUGUGAACAUACCUAUAAAAUAAAAUCUGGGUACUGUGUAAAGCUCUGGUUCAACAAUUUGCAAAGGGUGAUCACAAUUAAUAAAUUGUUCACCAUUAAUUUCGUUGAGAUGGUCUCUCUGCAAUACAGUGCAAAAUCCUGUCCAAAUUGAUGUUUAAAAAUGGAAUCUUUUCAAUUCAGAUGCAAGAUCUUCU